CGGGUCGAUCGAUGAGACUGCAUGUUGUUGUGACUUACCGUGUGAGAUCCACACACUUCGUCGGAAGCCUCUUGCUUGGAACAAGAAGCAAGCAUCCAACCAACCAACACACAAAGACCAUUCAAUCCCAUUGCAUUCAUUCAUUCAUUCAUUACUUGCUAGCUAGCUGACCAUGUUUUCCGCCUUGUCAUCAUCUCCUACUACUAGCGCCAGUGGUAACGGCGAAGAAGGCGAUCGCCGCAUCAUUGGAUUGGACGUGAGCGGCAGUCUCUUUUAUUUCCGCGUCCACAAACUGGUGGAAGUAUCUUCGUACUUUGGCGAUCGAUUGUCCAAAUCUUCCAACGAAGUGGACUAUAAGGACGCCCAAGGAAGACCCAUCUUGUUUGUGGAACGAUCGCCGGACUUGUUUAAACAUGUCCGCGACUUUAUUCUAAUGGGGACACUGACCAUGGCGUGCGAUUUGCCGUUGCGACGUGCCCUCCGAAUGGAAGCCGAGUUUUUUGGAAUUCCGGCCAUGGUGGAGAUGCUCCUCGUCUCGCAGACAUUUGCUCCCGGUCAAACCAACCAGGGUGUCCUCUAUUGGUUGGGUACCAAACGAGGGGCGGCGCCUUACGCGAACCCGCACCGCAUUGGAGCCGUUCAUGUCGGUGGAUGGGUCGAUGACUUUUUGGGUGAAGAAGAAGAAGACUUUAACGACGAAGAACAGCGAGAAGCUACAAUUGCCGGAAGUCCUUACUCGCGCGAAGCAUUGGUCCAUUAUCGACACUGUCUUCCCAUCAACACGGCUGUUUCGUCCAAAGGUAACCCGGUCGAUGCCUACUGGGCGCUCGAUACUCCCUCGCGUGUCCUCUGGUGUGAUCACGGAUCCAAACGCUUGCCGGCACAAAUCAAUCUGCAAGAGGCGGUAGCGCUGCGACCGACUCAUUAUUCCCUCCGGGUUUCCAAAUGUUACGGCAUGCAGGGGGAUUGGAAUUUCGAGGCAUCCCAAGACAAUCAAGAGUGGGAGGUCCUCCAUGCGGCACGAAAUGACCGACGGCUCUUUGUACCCUCGGAAGAUUACAUCAAACGAGCCGUCGGAUUGACGUUGCUCGAAGUAUCCAAGGAAAAUCGGACCGACGAACGGGCCAGCGAUAUUUUGUUGGGUGUCUUGGAACAGGAUUUUCGUCAUACCUGGGAGAUCACGCCGGCGCCCAGCAAGUUUUAUCGAUACUUUCGAAUCAUUGGCGCCAGCACCAGUGACUACGAUGGGAAUGUUUCGGAAGAUGAAGAAGGAUCCUGUCUGCAUGGAGAAGGACUGGAGUUGUACGGUGAAGUCUACGAGGAAUAGACAUUAUCGGCGAGUCAGUUGGCCAAGAACUGGCUUCGUAGACUUAUUACAGUAUUACUUUCGUGGCCCAUAGAUAUUAUUAUUGUUUUAUGCAAGACUUUUUUUAAGAGCUCGUUCAUAGUGUAGCCAUGUCCAGGGUAGACUAACUUAUUAGAGCCACAGUUCU